AUGACGUGUUGUUGUCCACAACAGCAAGAGCAAUUGGGGGAUGAUAAAUGCAAACAUAAAAAUCACGACAGAGCAAUUAAAAUAUUAAAAAAUUUCGAUUGUCAAAAAGACAGAGACAAAUUUUUCAAUUCAUCCGACACGAAUUUAUGGAAUAAACAGUACAACGAUAAUAAUAAUAAUAAUAAUAAUAAUGGUUUUUCGUUGAAAGAUUGCGAUGCGUCGUGGUGUGCAACCGUCGAAGAAACGCAACAAUCUAUGAGAAUGCAAGAAAUCGUCAUGAUACAAAUGAGAGAUAAAUUGUUGAUGAAUCGAUGCAAAUUCAAAGCCUCCAUUAAACCGAAUGAAAAAAUUCAAAGGUUGAUCGAAGAAAAGAAAAAAUGCACCGGAGACAUUGAAAUCAUCGAAGAAUUGUUGUGUCAAGUUAAAAAAGAACUCGAUUGUACGAAAAUGCAAUUUGAAAAAUAUCUAGAAAAAAAUAAUCAGGAAAACAAACAAAACAAACAAAAAUGCGACACGAGGACUCACGUCGUUGUCGAACUUUUCGAUACGGAAAAAUCAUACGUCGAAUCUUUACAAAUAAUUGCGAGGAAGUACCUGAGACCGUUGAAAAGUCCCGAAAACGUGGGAUUAGUCGACACGGUUGUCGUCGACGAAAUUUUUUAUCAGGCGAUGGCGAGAGAACAUAGAGGAAAAUUAGCACUCGAUUCUCUUAUCAUAAUGCCCGUGCAAAGAAUUCCAAGAUACGAAUUGCUCAUACAGAGACUCCUCAAACACACGGACUCAAAUCAUCCGGACUAUGCUCUCCUGAUGGCCGCACAACAUAAAAUCCACGAGCUCGCCGUUAAAAUAAAUUUAACGGAAAGGGAAACGAUAGAAAUGGAACACCAACAGCAAAUAUUAAAAGAUCUCGAAGCUCUCAUAGAGGGUCUCGUGGAUUUGACGUCCAACGAUCGGACGUUCGUCCGACACGACACCGUGACCAUGGCCUCGGGUCAGGGAACGAGAAAAGAGAGAGCAUUGUUUUUAUUUUCCGAUUUGCUCAUUAUCACAAGUAUAAAAAGACGAAGCGGAACGAUACGUAAACCUUCCGCUACUUGUACUGGAACAACCGUCGCAAGCUCGCUCGAUGCAAAUAAAUAUAAAUUGCUCAUGAGAAUUCCAAUAGAUGAUUUAGAAGUAGUCAAAACAGCCAAAGAUGAUAACGUUAAAAAAAUGAUGAAAGAAAUACAAAAAUUAUCCGAGGAUGUUUGCGUUUUGACACAGAUAAGCGAUUUGACGUUGACUCUACAAUGUCCGCGCACAUCCCUCGAAGAAAUCGUCAAGGACAUGCUUUCAAAUGUCAACAAACAAUUGGCGGAAAGACAAACGAGCGAUUCGCAAUUAUCGUACCUGGAACUCAUGUUGAACACGCAGCACGGUAUGGAAAACGUUUCCGUUGUUUUUACAAAACCGGAAAAAAGAUCGAGUUGGGAAGAAUCAUUCAACGAUUGUAAACAAAAAUUGGCGCUAUCUGCCGAUCGGAAACCUUCACCCGAAUUUAUGGCUUCCGUUCCGAUACGUAAAACAAGAGCGGGUUUACAAUUUACGUGUGCAGCUCCGACUCUCGGUUUGAACGCUUUCAAUCUUCGAGAUGUUUGGGUUUGCAACUCCGACGGUUACGUCGGACAAGUUUGCGUUUUAAGCCUUCAACCUGAACCGACUGUGACGUCAUGUAACGGAGUGUGCAACGCUAGACUUUUAUGCAUAGCCUCGAUUCCGGCGGGUGUCACCAAGUUAUCGAAAAACGUACAAAAAAAAUCAGAUGUGGAGUCUGACGUGUCUUCAGGAGUCGAAGAACACUCUGAUAAAAGUAGAAGCGUCGAACUCAUAAGCAGUUCGAGUAGCGACGAAGAUGAUGACGAUGCCAACAAAGAAUUUUUCGCGAGAAGAUCAAAAUCCGAACCUUUGAGUACCACAGAAACGGGAGAAGGAGGAAUCGAAGAUGCGGAAAAUCAACAGCCUACCAUGUGGUUGGGAACAGAAGAUGGAAACAUACACGUGUAUUUAUGUUCGGAUAACAUAAGGAUAAAAAAGAACAAAGUUAAAAUACAGCACACAAGUUCAGUUCAAUCAAUUAUAUAUUUAGACAACAGAGUUUUCGUGUCACUUUCGAAUGGCGACAUAAUCGUUUACUCGAGAGAUCAGGCAGGUGGAUGGAACACGUCGAAUCCGAGUACGAUAACCGUCGGUACUCCGAAUGCUCCCGUAAAUAAAAUGACACCCGUCGAUGGAAAACUUUGGUGCGGUUGUCACAACAACAUAAAAAUAUUAAACACGAAUCCGUUACAAAUUGAACAUUCAUUCCAAGCAAGCACGGACGGAUUAAAAAUCGUCACAGGUAUGGCCGUUUCCGGUUUCGGCGUUUGGAUUUCUCUACAAAAUUCUGCCGUCAUUAAAUUAUUUCAUUCUGUGACGUAUGAAAAUUUAUGCGAUGUUAACGUGGCACCAUCCGUAACGAAAAUGCUCGCGGGUUGCGACGAUAUAAUACGUCAGCACAAAGCAGCUUGUCUUAGAGUGACGUCAUUACUCGCUUGCAAGGAUCUUUUGUGGAUAGGUACAAGCGCGGGAGUCGUUUUAAACAUGACGAUUCCUCACAUAUCCAUGUCGACGACAAAACUGACAUCGGUGCCAAACGUGACAGGAGUUCCACACGGACACACGGGUCACGUGAGAUUUUUAACGUGCGUCGAAACAACCGGAAAUCCAAAACAAACGGAUAAUUCGAUCAAACAUAAUUCUAACAACAGCACCGCGAGAAAACAACACCACAACAUCAAGAAUAAAAUGGAUUCGCAAUUGGGUGGUGGCGGUGGCGGUGGUUGUGGGGGUGGCGGUGGCCCCUCGAAAAUGUUGGUCAUAAGCGGAGGUGACGGUUACGAAGAUUUUCGUAAUUCGAACACGUCCGAAGUUGCCGGAAGAGAAGAUUCGACGAAUCAUUUGUUGCUCUGGCAAAUUUAA